UGUAGAGCAUAUACAUUUAAUCAAUGAAUUUAAAAAAUAAUUAGAAUUGGAAUUGUGGAUUGUGGAUUAUUAUAAUUUUGAUCAAUGUGCUUGGUAGGAACUUUUUAUUCCGAAUCAUGAACAGUGUGAAUUCUAGGGGAAGGUUAGAUUGAUUGGUUUGGAUUUGUUUUUUGAGUUCUUUUGGAGCACCUUUGUUUGUUUGUUUUCAAUUGCACGUGUGUGUUUAUGGCACUUCUCCCUUUUUUGAUAUGUUACCUGCAAAGUCCUGUUACGAUCCUGCUUAGUCAAGAAGAGCCACUUGAACAAGAGAAACGGGCUCAAAGUUGCUUGACUAUUGGUAAUACUAAUAGCAAUAAUGGUAAUGAUAACGGCAAUGUGCAAUUAUGCUUAUCAGCUGCCUAAAUUUUACAGCAGAUUUCUAAGGGGUCAAGAUUUCUUUUCUCUCUUGUUCCAUUAAAAUGUUGCUUCAAGAAAAAUAUAUAUAUAUUUUUAAAUGCUGCAUUUGUUUGUUGCUGCAUCUUUGCCGUAGCAAGGUUUUUAAUCAUGCUGCAAGCGUUCAGACACACGGGGGACCAGUUCGAGAGGCACCUUUCAAGAUGGCAGCAUUAUCAUAAGUCUGUCCUGGCCAUCAGGAGGGAGGAUGUCAAUGCCUGGGAAAGAAGAGCCCCUCUAGCACCACGCCAUGUCAAGAUGUUGACCAACCUGGGGUACAAAGUCCUGGUGCAACCGUCCAAUCGCAGGGCCAUCCAUGAACAGGACUAUAUUAAAGCGGGAGGCAUUAUACAAGAAGAUAUUUCACAGGCUUGCCUUAUUGUGGGUGUGAAGAGGCCCCCAGAAGAUAAGCUAAUUCCCAACAAGAACUAUGCAUUUUUCUCUCAUACGAUCAAAGCUCAAGGGGCAAAUAUGUCCUUGCUGGAUGAGAUCCUAAGCAAGAAUAUCCGGUUGAUAGAUUAUGAGAAAAUGGUGGAUCACAGAGGAGUGCGAGUUGUAGCCUUUGGAAAAUGGGCUGGAGUUGCAGGCAUGAUCAAUAUUUUACAUGGAAUGGGAUUACGUUUUCUUGCUUUGGGACAUCAUACUCCAUUCAUGCAUAUUGGUAUGGCCCAUAAUUAUAGAAAUAGCAGCCAGGCUGUUCAAGCAGUUCGGGAUGCUGGCUAUGAAAUUUCCUUAGGAUUGAUGCCGAAAUCUAUUGGGCCUCUCACAUUUGUGUUUACAGGAACUGGCAACGUCUCUAAGGGCGCCCAGGAAAUGUUCAACGCUCUCCCUUGUGAGUUUGUGGAACCCCAUGAAUUGAAGGAGGUCUCUAGAAGUGGAGACCUUAGAAAAGUGUAUGGAACAGUGCUAAGUCGACAUCAACAUCUUGUAAGGAAAACUGAUGGGGUAUAUGAUCCAGUAGAAUAUGACAAGCAUCCAGAACUCUAUACAUCACGGUUUAACAAUGAUAUUGCGCCCUAUGCUACCUGCGUGAUAAAUGGAAUCUACUGGGAGCAGAAGACCCCACGCUUGCUAAGCAGACAGGAUGCACGGAAGCUUUUGACUCCCCUCCAGCCGUCUCCCGCCGCUACAGAGGGCUGCCCUGAAUUGCCACACAAACUUGUUGCAAUAUGUGACAUCUCAGCGGACACUGAAGGAUCUAUAGAAUUUAUGACAGAAUGUACAACAAUUGAUAGUCCAUUCUGUAUGUAUGAUGCUGACCAGCAUAUUAAUCAUGACAGUGUAGAGGGACUUGGGAUUUUGAUGUGUUCUAUUGAUAACCUACCAGCUCAGCUUCCAAUAGAGUCAACAGAAUGUUUUGGAGACAUGCUGUUCCCCUAUAUUGAAGAAAUGCUCCUCUCUGAUGCUUCAGAGCCCCUGGAAAGCCAGAAUUAUUCACCUGUAGUUAGAGAUGCAGUGAUUACAUCCAAUGGUUCACUGACUGAUAAGUAUAAAUAUAUCCAGAAACUAAGGGAGAACAGGGAAUAUAUGCUAUCCCUGACCAUGGAUAAGAAGAAGAAGGUUUUAAUACUUGGAUCUGGAUAUGUUUCUGAGCCUGUAAUAGAAUAUCUUACAAGAGACCCCAAUGUUGAAAUAACAGCAGCCUCUAUCAUGAAGACUCAGCUUGAGCAGUUGUCCAAGAAAUACAGUAAUGUUGUUCCCAUCGUUAUGAACAUCACAGAAGACGACAGAUUAUCAUCAUUGGUGAAGAAGCAUAAUCUUGUUAUUAGUUUGUUGCCAUAUUCAUUCCAUCCUCUGGUUGCUAAGAAAUGCAUUGACAGCAGGGUGAAUUUGGUGACCGCAAGUUACCUGACGCCUGAAAUGAAAGAGCUACAGAAAAGUGCAGAGGCAGCUGGCAUUGCCAUUAUCAGCGAAGUCGGUUUGGAUCCUGGCCUCGAUCAUAUGUUGGCAAUGGAAUGUAUCGACAAAGCAAAAGAAGUGGGGGCUGAGGUGAUUUCCUACACUUCCUUCUGUGGAGGCUUGCCUGCUCCUGAAUAUUCUGACAACCCCCUGAGAUAUAAAUUUAGCUGGAGUCCACAGGGAGUCCUACUCAAUACAGUGAAAUCUGCAACCUAUUUAAAAGAUGGAGAGAUUAUUAAUAUCCCAGCCGGAGGAGCUUUGCUUGAUUCUGUUACUGUCAUGGAUUUUUUCCCAGGAUUAAAUUUGGAAGGUUUUCCAAACAGGGACAGUACAAAAUACGCUGAACCCUACGGUAUUCAAUCAGCUCACACUCUUUUAAGAGGAACUUUAAGGUACACGGGUUACUGUAAAGCUAUAGAAGGUUUUGUGAAAUUGGGACUAAUAAAUCCAGAACCAUGCCCUAUGCUUAGUGCAACUACACCUCCUGUAAAAUGGAAAGAGCUAAUGUGUAAGUUACUUGGACUUCAGCCUUCUGUCAAAUAUGAUAAACUCCAACAGGCUGUCUGCAAACAGCUGAACGAGAACAAAAAACAGUUGGAAGCAGUGGAAUGGUUGGGGUUACUUGGAGACGAACCUGUUCCAACAGCACAUAGUAUAGUGGAAGCAUUGGCCAAACACAUGGAAGCAAAGCUCUCGUAUGCCUCUGGAGAGCGAGAUAUGAUAGUUAUGAGGAAUGAAAUAGGAAUUAGGCAUCCCUCUGGUCAUUUGGAAGACAAAUAUAUCAAUCUUGUAGUGUAUGGAGAUGAUAAAGGGUAUUCUGCGAUGGCCAAGACAGUGGGAUAUCCUACUGCUAUUGCAGCAAAGAUGAUUCUUGAAGGUGAAAUUAACAGCAAAGGUAUGAUUGUCCCAUUGACAAAGGAUAUAUAUGGACCAAUGCUGAAGCAUAUUCAAGAGGAAGGCAUUGCAUACACAACCCAGAGUGUUAUCAGGCAAUAAAGCAGCAAUUCAUGUUCCUCUCAGCCGUCCGUCCAAUGAGUUUCUAGUAUGCACAAAUUAAAGCUUGAAAAACUGCCAUGGAUACCUUCAAUUGAGAAGUCUUCUGUGUUGAAUCCAUUGAAAUGAACAGAACAGCAAAAAAGGAUUUCUAUUACCUUGAAAACCUCCAGCCUUUGGUACAGGCUUUCAAUGAGAUUAUCCUAUUGAAUUGGGUUUAUUAAAGGCUACAAUUCCAACGAACUUAUUUGGAAGCAAAUCUCAAUGGCUUCUGUUCCAUUCGUGUACCACAAUAUUAUCACAAUAUUUAUCAUAGCAUGAUAUUUUUUUUUCUUCAGAAAUGUAGGAUUUUUAUACACGACGCAAGGAUCUUAAGGUUGUGCGAAACUAUUUUUCAUUGUUUCAUAAAUGCUGCAAAAUUGCUGCGUAUGGUGAAUAUUAAGACUAUUUUCUAUUACAGUAUUUAAAAUGGAUUUCUAAACAAUGUGUUUCUAAAUUUAGAAAGAUUUGCUGUUUAUUAGGAAUGAAGAGGUUUAUGACCUAAGUGCCCAUACUGUUGAUUUUGAAAAGCUCUCAACUCCACCCAGAUAUGCUUAAGUUUUGUUAUUCAUUGGUCUUCUAAGAAUGUGUAAGGGAUCAUUCGUUUUUUCCAUGAGCCGUUUUUGUUGUCACUUUGUCAUUUGACCCAUAUGCUUGAUGAACAUCUACACUGAUUCCUUGAAUGAUAACUAUAGAAUCAAAAGUAGUUUGGCUUUUCUAAAAAAAACUUAAAUCAUAUUGUUCAGCUAGCUCAGUCUUAAGCACUUCCAGUUAAAGGCUACAGUUAACAGAAUUGGAAAAUAUCUGUCUCUGGAACUCUGAAGACCUUUUCCUAAAACGGAGAUGUUAAUGUGCAAUAGACCAGCCUUUCCUAUCUUGGUUAUCCUCCAACGGUAUUGGGACUUGCAGAUUCCCAUAUUAUUAGAAUGUAUGCACAGUUCGUUGAAUGUCAUAAAAACUGAUCCAGCUUUGCAAAGGAGAUAUGAUUUUAUAACCAAAGGGAAACGUGUAUUUUUAAUUUAGCAUUUUUAUUGAGAAUAUGAUUGUUCUAGACACUUCUAUAAUAUAUGUUUAAAAUAUUAUUGUGGAGGAAAAAUGAUCUACUUUGCUUUACAUUUGCAAACUGUUAUAUUCCUUGAAAUUAUGUUUUAUAUAUCGGAGAACUUCUAAAUUCUGAAUUGAUAUGUAAAGUUGCCAACUAGUUUAUUUAUUUACAUUAUCUUGAAGACAGAAUAUUCUUUGGUGCCUUUAAGAUUCUUACAUGUUUCAAUAUUAGAGAGAAACAAUAUAUUAGAGAAAUAUCUGGUAUAUUAAAAAAAUCUGUUCUUGUUCUGUAAUGGACUUUCAGAUCAGUGAAUAAUAUGAAUUAUCUGUUUUAAAUGGAAACAUGGUGCAUAGAAAGGAAACCAGGAUGUUUUCUUCCAUUCUGGAAUGGAAAAAGGUAUUUUUUUUUUAUCCCAGGGUGGGAAAAAUGUGGGCAGAAUUCAUUUGAAAGUAUGGAUAAAAACUGAGUGUGAUGGGGAAAAUGUGGAGUCUCCACUGACACCUGCAGCCAAACACUGUUCCAAGAUACAAUGUGUGGUAGCUCCAACUCUUUUUUUUUUUUUUUUUAGUAUUUUUGGAUAUACAAAUACUGAAUUUACACAGAGGCCCCUGAUAUUUGAUGUAUUAGUUCAGAGCAAUUUUUAAUAUUGUAUAAUUCUGUGCACAUUUACUGAAAAGUAAAUUCUACAGUAGCCAGGAAAUGUAAUCUGUUUAUCAAUAGAGGCUUUAGUAUCAUUAAUAUCCCUAAUUUUAUUUUUUUGAUGCUCACUUAUGUUAACAGAAGAUAAUUGCUAUCUGAAAUCAUUUAGGUUUUUUUAAUACAAUGUCCAAUGUUUUUUCUCUGCCUGUUGCAGUCACUGAGAAGUAGGAAAAUUGAGUUCAAGAUAUUUACUGGAAUGUAACGGAACUGCUUCAUUUAUACUUAGCAAAUUUUGUAGAAAAAAAUUUGUGGGCUGUUGGUUUGCAAACAUUUUGCUGCCCAAAUUCACAACAAAGUGUCUCACUUUGUACAAUCCCAAUAACAUAACAAAACAUCCUGUUCUAAAAUAAAUCUGAAAAGGUUAAAUCAUAAAGCUGUGUUACUGUGCAUUUCUGUGGUUCCUGCAUAGAAGAAUGUAUGCAGGGAGAAGUGGGAGAAUAAAGAAAUAAGGAAUAAAUGUAUCCGUAGAGUUUCGGGAGGGAUGAUACACAAGCUUAGACUUCACUCAGGGAAAAAGGCACAACCUGUUUAAGAGAAAUUUUUCAGGUAAUCCAGAGUUGAUUCAGAUCUUUACUCUUCACCUCCCCAAAUAAAAGGAUUAUCACGGAAGCCUUAGUUUUAUAUGGUUUUCAGUUUACAGUAUCGGAAAGGGACAAGAAAAUGCCUGAAUAAAUCCAGAGUCACUGACAUAAAAAGUAUGCUUGUGAAAGGCUAUUUUGUAAUUUGUAUUGUUUUUGAAAAUUAAUUACUUGCAGAGAGGUAAAGUGAAGGGUAAUGUGUUACAUUGGGUUUAAAAAAAAAUCUGGUGCUUUUGCUAUCCUGCCACACAAAAUAAAAAUGUUUGACUUUCA